AUGGCGGACACCGGCGUAGCGGAGGCGCUCCUGCAGCGAAUAGAGAAGGCGGACGACGGCGUGGACAGCCUGAAUGCGGCGGCCAGCCUCGGGGUGGACCACCAGGUCAUCGUCGGAGCCGUCAAAAGUCUGCAGGCGCUCGGCGACGUAAUAGCUGCCGAGCUCCGCUCCUCCAAGCACUGGGAGCUGACGGAGGAGGGCACCGAGACAGCGGAGCAGGGCAGCCAUGAAGCCCGGGUGUUCGGCUCCAUCCCGGGGGAGGGCCUGCCGCAGAGUGAGCUGAUGAAACUCUCCUUCGGGAAGAUCGGCUUCAGCAAGGCCAUGUCCAACAAGUGGAUCCGAGUGGACAAGUCCCACGAGGGAGGCCCCAGGAUAUUCCGAACCGUGGAGAGCAUACAGGACCAGGUCAGAGAGAAGCUGCUCCUGGUGCAGAGAGGCGACUCCUCCCAGGUGGAGGAGAAGGAGAAGAACGAGCUGAAGAAGAGGAAGCUGCUGUCUGAAGUGACAGUCAAGUCUUACUGGAUUACCAGGGGCAGCUGUUUCAGCACCACUGUGUCCAAACAGGAGACGGAGCUCACCCCUGAGAUGAUCGCCACUGACGGUGUGCGGGGUCGCAGACUAAGGACACAGAGAAACAUCUGCCCACAAUUGGGGACCGGUCCAAAGAGAGGCAGCUGGAAGGAGAAGAAGUUCAAACCCUACAACUUCGAGGCCCUGGGCGUGGCCCCGGACUGCGGCCACCUGCAUCCGCUCAUGAAGGUGCGCACGCAGUUCAGGCAGAUCUUCCUGGAGAUGGGCUUCACCGAGAUGCCCACCAACAACUUCAUCGAGAGCUCCUUCUGGAACUUUGACUCCCUGUUCCAGCCCCAGCAGCACCCGGCCCGGGACCAGCACGACACCUUCUUCCUGUCCGUCGUUUGUGAACUGUGGCUCAACAAACGUCCCGUUUCAGACCCGGCGCUGUCUCACAAGUUCCCAGCAGACUACCUGGAGAGGGUGAGGAGGGUCCACUCAGAAGGAGGCUACGGCUCACAAGGGUACAAAUACGACUGGAAGCUGGAGGAGGCGCAGAAGAACCUCCUGCGCACCCACACCACGGCGGUCAGCGCGCGCAUGCUCUACAAGCUAGCCCAGCAGGAGAAGUUCACCCCCGUUAAGUACUUCUCCAUUGACCGGGUGUUCAGGAACGAGACCCUGGACGCCACCCACUUGGCGGAGUUCCACCAGAUCGAGGGCGUGGUGGCGGACUACGGGCUGACGCUGGGGGACCUCAUGGGCGUCCUGCAUCAGUUCUUCACCAAACUGGGAAUUACCAAACUGCGCUUCAAGCCCGCCUACAACCCGUACACGGAGCCCAGCAUGGAGGUGUUCAGCUACCAUGAAGGACUAAAAAAGUGGGUGGAGGUGGGAAACUCCGGGGUCUUCCGACCGGAGAUGCUGCUGCCCAUGGGACUCCCCGAAGAUGUGCCCACCAUGAUCAAGUAUGGCAUCAACAACAUCCGGGAGCUGGUGGGACACAAAGUCAACCUGCAGAUGGUCUACGACAGCCCCAUAUGCCGACUGGACUCCUGA